AUGAAAGGCAUAGAGAGGAUCACCAGCGCCCUCGUACGUCAUACUCAACUCACUGCCAGAUAUCCAAAAGUUUCACAAAGGACAACGGUGGUGUUAUUAGGCUGGGCCACAGCACGAGACGAGAACCUCGCUAAAUACUCGGAAAUUUACGAAAAGGAAGGUUCCCAACGAGACACGUUAGAACGCACACACUUGUACCCACUUUGGUCCUCUCAGCAGCCUAUCUAUUGGUUCUACUUGAGUAGACUGGUUGUCCACUUUGCGCUUCACGAGCCCUUUCACAGGACACAAACGAAGCUUAAAACAUUGUCGCGAUGUCUCCGUAUGAACGGUGUAUAUACGCUUUGUGCUUUGUCGUUGCAAUAUCCAGAGUUGGAUGUGUUCAGAAGAACAGAUGGAAUCAUAUUUGACAGCUGUCCAGUACUUUUCGAUGCCAGUAGUCCCCAGAACUUCACCAAUUUGGCGAAUACUCUUUCCAAAAAACUAUUGGAGAAUGCAUCUAUCGUUGAGAAAAUCAAAUUUUUCCUGUGGAAAGCAUAUUUCCAAUUUGGGAUACGUGCUUUUAUUUUAGAGCAGGCUGUUCGAACUCUACUGAAUAUUCGUUUAUCCAAUUUUACUCCUUAUCACUUUCUUCUUGAUCAUCCUCAACUACCUCGAUACCUUUCUUUCAUCUACUCUGACAAGGAUCCGAUUUGUCCUCCAAGGACCAUACAAGAGUUCCAUGAGGCAGUGAAACAGGAUGAUCGCAAAGUGGAUGUGCUGAGAUUAACCGAAUCCGACCAUGUGGAACAUUUCAGAAAACAUCCAAAAGAGUACUACGCUAUUGUACAUCGUUUUCUUUCUUCACUGGAGCGACUCUGA